AUGCAAAACAUCGUUGACCCCGAUAGCACAUGUAGUGGCAAUUCAAUUUCACAAAAGUGUAAUAACGACUCGCAUAUUUUUAAGGAAGGCAAACAACACAAUGGUAGCCAAAAUGGAAGAGAUGCAGAGCAAGAACAAAUGGAAAAUAACUACUUACUAAACCAAAACAAGCAAAAGAGUGGACCACAUAUAAGUGAAGAAAACACCACGGUGAAGACCAACAACAAUGCACACAGAGAAUGUAAAGUAGAACCUCACACGGAUAAUAUUCAUCAUGCCUUUUCUGCUAAUUGUCUAAAGAGUAAAAGCACAUCAAAGGAUUUUUUAACCAAUGAGGAAGAAACGAGCACAAAAAAGAGCCUUGAAGAGGCCGUCAAUAGAAGGAAAAAAAUUAACGAAAUGAUUGCAGCGUACAAUUCUUUAAAUUUAAGUUUAUCCAGUUGCAAUUUCGGCAAUUUGAACAAUUUGGACAAUUUGGACAUUAGAAAGAAAACGUCUCUUUACAAUUCUGAUCAUAGCGCUGCUGUGGAUUAUCAGCACCAAAUGAGUUACAAGAAAAAAAUUUCUGGAGGCAACUACUCAGGUGUGACGAAUGAGGCGGAGGAGAUAAAGGGAGAGCCUUACAACGGAAGAGGGGGUUGUGUUAAUAAUGAGAUCGCGAGAUUGUCUAGGAGCAACUACUCGAAUAGUUUACUCCACCGCGGGGGGAACUUCACAGGAGGGGACGGCCUGGUGUGCAGAAUAAAGGACCUGUCAGCAGGUCACGGGAAUGGUAACGAAAAGUGCCACAAAAAUUCGAGCGAUCAGUCCCAAGAUGACGACGAAUUGGAAGACUAUAAAACAUUCGUAACCCUAGAUAGCAACCAUACCAUAUUCAAGACCAAGCCCCUGAAGCUUCCGGACCUCUCCUUCCUUCAUAACAGCAGCCGUGUUUACAGCACCUUGGAUUUUAGCAACGCGGGGGAAGACAAUCACAGUAGUAACAACAACCGCUUCUGCAGAAAUAGAAUUCUGUACGAGAGUUUGGAAGGCCUCUCCUCCUUCGAUCACGAUGGGGACGACGACAGUGUUGGUGGUGGUGUCAAUGUUUGUGGAGAUAUGAACAUCUCUCACGUGAUGGACCCUCACACGAAGCCUAACCCCAUCUCGGAGAAGAGCGCAGAAAACGAUGCACUGCGAAAGAAGACAACAGGUAUGCCUGAGAGCAGUCAUCAAAAUUGCGUGGACAAAAAUACCAUGUUCUUCGACCCGAGGAAGGAAAGUAAAAAAAACGUCGCUAAGAAUUUCUUAAAAAGUAGUAGACUGAAAAACUACAACGUAGAACAACUAAUUAAUGAAAGCAUUAACCGGAUUGGUCACGUGAGCCCGGUUAGUCGCACCGGAGGCCCCAAUGUGAAUCGCUUCCAUUGCGGCGAAAACCGCGAGAGAAACAGGAGUCACUCCAAAAGGCAUACAAACGAAAGGAACACUGACCAGAACAACGCAAUGGAGUUUAAUUUUGUAAAAAAUGAUUCCAUAUGCAAUAACAGUUAUCGUAGACAAACCGCCGAUUUGGGAGGUACUAAAAUUUCUAUGCAUAUCCGCGCAUCAAAUGCCAAAAUCGAAAAAGGCACAAACUAUUUAAGACGAAUCAGUAACACAUGCGACAUUUGUCCAGCUACCUACAACUGUGAGGAUGGACCUGAAGGCAUAUGCAAUGACAGAGGCGAACGACACAUACGCAGUAGUGAUAAGUAUGCAAAUACGCAUACGCAGUAUGGGCAUCCGUAUGAUGUGAAAAAAAGGGGGCAGGAAAGUGAAACACACCGCAACAGUUUACACCGUAGUAAUUGGCACUGCAAUAGUUUGCCCCGACGCCAUUCCUACCUUCACAACAUACAACAAUUUAAAGAAAUGCUGCUGAGCGUGGCAACAGAUAAUCUAAACGAAUAUGCAAAGUGCCUACAGAGUAUCAACAACGAAAAGUUAAAGAGCUACAAGUACUGCAUCAAGAGAGUGAAUGAUUAUAAUAUUAGUCAAUAUUUGAGUGCGACGUUUCGCGCGUCCAUUCCAGUGAAAGGCAUUGAAGAGUCGGUGCUGACCAACUCGGAUACCUUUUCUUCCGUUCGCAACUCGGCGUACGAGAAUGAUGAGUCAAGUGUGUCCCCCCACGGCGGAGACACGAGUUGUGAGGAGUUGGCGAAUGUGAGCAUUGCAGGUGGUGAUAGUAACAGUGAGUGUACCGGCGACUGCGUUAGCGAGUGGCAUGGAGCCAAUGGCAGAUUAAAAGUUUACAAAAAGAAAAAAAAAAUUAAACGCACCAAUUGCCUGGAACAUAUCCCCAAGGGCGAAUUUAAUUCGUGUCCAGAAAAAAUAAAAAGUGAAAGAAACGACACCACAGGCGUAAGUCGUAUUGAUCAAAACUAUAUGCACAACGGAAAGAGCAGCUAUGCAUACGAGAAAAGCCAGAAGCAGAGAAAAAGGCAGACAUAUGCAAUUAGGCAAUGCAAAUUAGCGAACGUUACAAAUAGUAGUCUUCAACUUAACUAUGUUGACCAGAAUUUAAAAAGACAAAACAAAACGUGUGAACAGCCACUGGAUGGAAAAACGUACUUGGAUGGAAGGAGAAACAUAUGUGGCCGCGAUUGCAGUGACUACAGCGAUUGCAGCGGUUGCGGAUGCUAUAGCUGCGCGCGCACACCGAACGGCCAAACCGCGCAGUUUUUAAAAAAAACACACGAAAGCAAAGUCAAGUAUCCCCAUAGCAAAAGCUGUGGUGGGAAAAACAAACAAAAUGCAUUUCUUUCCCUCGACGCAGAUUCAAAGAACCACAACGACCUACUUAAAAGCUCGUCCAUUUCUCCAAGUAGCCUGUGCGAAGGGGACUACAAAGAAUUAGCCUUUAAAGACGAACCAAGUGGUCGCCAAGACAUUUUUGCAAAUGUGAAAAGCAUAAGCAAUUGUAAUGACACCCUCAUGGAUGACCUCAUGAGGAAGGACUCAACAAAGGGCGGUGGACAUAGGGGCGAAAAGAGUACCUUUAAGAAUGACAUCGAUCUUAAGGUGAGUGAAAAUUUGGGUGAUUACACCGAAGUGAAUUAUUUGCAAGAGUUUCCUCUCCUGAGGGAGGACAAUAAAUGUGUGAACAUAUAUAAUAUAAUGCGCAACGUAGAUCAAGGGGACCCUCACGAGAGGACUUUCAAGGAAAAUGGUCCACACCCCAUUGUAGAAUUCAACUCGAAUGGUUAUCCACUCGCACCAAACCUUCACAACCAAAAUGGCACAAAUGAACUGGGAAGGAACAACCACACAAGGGACAAGAAGCAAUCAUGUUCCACCAGAGGGGUGUCCGAAAAGUAUUUCGUAGAAAGUGAAAAAUUAAGUGAACCCCAUCCAACAGGAGAGGAAAGGAGCAAUGCGAGCUGUCAAAAUUAUGACCCCUUUGAAGAUAAGAGGUUCACAAAUGUUGUAAGUCUGUACCGUAGGGACAAUUCUAAUGAGGUCGAAACGGAUGGGAGAGGAACAAGCCCCCCAUUCUAUGACCUACAAAGGGAUAGCAUGACCAAUUGCGACUCCCCAUUUUUAAGUAAAAAAGAAAAAGACAUGAAGAAAGGGGGAAACCAUGUUUUAAGUUUCAUUGUAGAAGAAAGUCAACACAAUUAUGAUAGGCACAGAGAGGACCACAAAAUGGAUGUCGAAAAUACCCCCCUGGUGAAUAAUCCAUACAGUUGUAAAAAAUCACGUCUUCAUUGCGGAGAGAAGUACGAAGGAAAAGGCAUUGAAGAAAUUAUUAAAAAUAACAAAACGAGGAUUGAGCACCUGUAUGAUAGUGAAGGAAGUCAAAGUCAUGUUUGCAUGGGUGAAAAUAUUAGUGGAUUUACACACACCGUGGAGGAUGAGAUGGAACCAAAGCAGAAUGAGACCCCUUUCUUUGUUCACAAAAUUGAUAAUUCGUGUAGCUCGCAAAAUGAUCCCUCCUUAUAUUCAGUUAACUUUAACUCAUAUAAUGAGCAGAUGGAAGAUAAAAAUAUAAUUUCGUGUUCUCUGGACAGCUUCAAUGAAGAGUUUAUUGCCCCCAUAUCGGUUCCCACCCCUGCGGCAUCCAUUUUCUCAGAUGGAAGUGUCUAUUCCCCGCAUAAAGGAAACUUAAAUGGGGAGGAAUCUCCCCACCAGGGAGGUGUAAACGUAGAAAUGAACACGGGAAGGGAUCUACCGGUAGGAGGACCUUUCCAGAUGUACCACCAAAAUUAUAAUUGUGAUACAAACCAGAUGGGGUACCAUAAAAUUGGUGUGGUUAAUAAAAAAUGUGACUAUGACUCGUUAGGUCUUCCCCAGGAUUAUUUUCCAAAAAGGGAAGACACUAUCCAAUGUAGUAGUAACCAUUUCACCAAUUUAACAGAAGGAGGGAACUACAGCUCCAUCACCACACCUGGUGAACUCCUAAACAAGUUCUCAACAAAGAAAGACGAAUCGAUGGUGGAAAAGAAAUUUAACCCAUCUGAUAAAAAGAUAAGUAAUGAAGAAAGUAACACAUACAAAGGAAAACGAAUGGGUGAUCAUAUAGAUAACGAAAAUGUGAAUCUCCAUUUUCAACGCAAAGGUAGCAUCGUGCAAAGAACUAAUCAGACGUACCACCAGCAGAGCAGCUCAUCAUCUGAUAGGGCAAGAAAUGACACAAUCGGAGAGGAAGGAAAUGGAUUGAAGAAGAAGGGGAAAAAAAAUGAACUUGACAAAAUUGUAAAUACACUAGAAAUAAAAGAAACAAAGAUAAAGACCAAGCAAGGAAUUUUUGAAAUAACAUCAGAGGGAAAAGUUCUCUUCACCUUUUUCGGCAGAUCAGAAAUUAAAGAAUACAAAAAGGUAAAGAAGCAUAAGGUAAAUAUAGACAUCUCGAAACCGAGGAAGCUAUUAUUUAUAAUCGAAAUAAAUGGAAUAGACAUAAAAAUAAAGGACGUACUGUUAGAUGAUGUGUUGGAUUUCUACAACCUACUUGAAGAAGAACUGCCCAAGUCGCAUCAAGUAAGAUACGAGUAUGCUUAUGACGUCAUCGAGACGUUGAAAAAACACACCCCUAAGGUAUCUCUAACGAAGAGGUGGUUCGGGGUGUACAACCUUAUGAGUAAUGGAAGUACCCCCGAUUUUAUGGCUACACUGAAAAAUAAUAUGUUUAUUGACAAAAUUGAAAUUAAGAACAACCAGGUCAUGUUUGCCUUGAAGGAGGGGAACACCGUAACGCUCAAUAUUGACGAUUUGAACGGGGUCACCACCAAAAUGACGAGGCAGUUGCGGGAAAGAGCCAAAAAUACCACAGAGGAAGACGCCAAAAACGGAUGUGAAGCACUCCUCAGAGAUAAGGUUUCCGUCGAUGAACAAGAUGUUAAAGCUGUUUUACUCAAUUUGCAAUUACUCCUAAAAAAGACAGGAGUGUCCAUAGAUAUAGUCAUCCAAAACUGGUGUAAUACUUUACAGGCUUACUCACAAUGCCUGGACCUGUUGACAAAAGGGAACGCAGAAUAUACACUCAGGCUAAGGAAAGCCUUGAGCGACAUAACAGCAACAACUGAGCUGCACAGGAGGGACAUUUAUUUUUCCAUAUUUCCUGUCAUAGUUGAGGAGUGA